AUGAGGAUAUACCAGUCUGCCAUAAUCUUCUCUUUUUUCCUCACCAUCUCUCUGGUAUAUCCUCAGUCGGCCACUGAUUCCUCCCUUGACUUUCCAAAUCAGUCCGCUGAGAAAUGGGAGGACGAGAUUGAGAAUGACUACCUGAGUAAUCUGAAGAGUCUGGAAAACGAGGAAGGCAGUAAGCUCAGACAAAUGGUCGAGAACUACGUUAAAGCGCACAUGGCCACACCAAAAAGGGGCAAAGAAUUUUGUGCUGACCGACUCAAACUGAAGAACGUCAUGAAAGAGGAGUGA